AUGAAUUCGAAUACACUCACAUCAACUGGUAACCAUCCCUGCAUAUUGGUGUCUACAUCUACUGCUACAGCGACUAAUAAUAGUCCCAUUACUGUUUCUCCAACUACAAAUAGUACGGUUUUGGCUAAAUUAACUGAUCGUGCCACUUAUUUUGCUGUUGUUUCGGAUACUUGUGCAUUCAAUCGUGAUCUUUGCAAGACUCGAUGUUCUCGAUUGCCAUUUCUGGACUUGGCCACUCAGAUUUCACAACGACCUGCUCCAUGGUUAUAUCAUACAAAUAGAGAAUAUUCAAGAGAGACACUAUCCAAAGAUCCACACGUUUUCUUGCGAUACCCUCGUUAUCGAUGGCAUUUAGACCCCCAGUCACCGCAUAAAAAGCGUAAAGCAGCUAAUCAGCGACUUUGGUAUACUUUACAGAAUAGUCUGAAAGCGCUUGGAAUUCCACCUGAUUUAGUUCCUGUUGUUACCAGACGAGCGUAUUCUAUCGCUGGACUUACAAUCCCAUCAAGUCUAGCUAACUACCUAGAUGUUCUUAAUCCGCGAGUGUCAUCGAUCAGUUAUGCAGCAGCGAAUAACAACAAUUGUAAUACUCUGAAUACUUCUACGGGUUCAGCCAACCGAUUCCAGCACUCAAGUUCAUUUGGAACAAUCGUAAAUGUUAACUCAAAUUCAAUUCCACGAAAAGUUUUUGUCAUAAUAAUCAUGGAGAAUAUACGUAUGAUACGACGAUGA